AUGAUUAUAGUGCUUAUCCUUUUGAGAGUAAUUCAAAAUGCUGAAAGUCAAUUUUAUCCUUUAUACACUGUUUUCAGUGAUAAGAAUUAUAAUAAUGAAGGUUUAUCAAUUAGUAAUUAAUUAGGAUGGUAAGUUAAAAGCUCUUAUGGCACUACUCUAUUUACCCAAUGUGAUAAUCAAACAUUGUUUGGGGGUUUUAACACUUUCGGUAAAAGCACAUUAAUUACUUAUAAUUCAAGUCUUCCUCCUCAUUAUUAAAUAAUAAUUUCAGUCAAAAUUUGGAAGUAUAUGACAACUUUUUAUUUUAGAAUUGAUAGUUGGAAUGAUGAAUGGAUUUACAUGUUAUUAGAUGAGAAAAUAAUAAAACAAUAGUAUCCUAUUGGAGAAGGUAGUCGAAUUUGCGGUAUUCCUGAUGAAGAUGAAGUGUUCUCAUAUGAAGUCUAGAUGAUUCAUACCAAUAAAUUUAUUUUUAUCAUAAUAACUUCAACAUUAGAUUAAGCAGCAAACAAUGUAUAAAUAUGAAAAAUUUAGGAAUCAUGGGGGAUUAGUGAUUUCAAAAUUGAAAUUAUGCAAUGCCCAAAAGGGUGUAAUUAUUGCUUUGAUGAUCUCAAUUAAUGUGACUAUUGGAUAAAUCUUAAAUCAUAUUUAUAAACUCCAAGUGAAUUUAAUCAAUGGAAAAGGGAUGAUAAUACAACUAUCUCUUCAAGUAUAUGUGCUGGUUUUAAUAUAACCGGUGGACAACAUAUAUUAGGAGUAAAUUAAACAGCUUAAAAUAUAAUCUUCGACUUGCCUCCACAUUUUUAGGCUUUAGUAGAGUUGAAACUCUGGUUGUUUGAUAAUUGGCUGAAUGAAACUUUUAUUCUUAAGCUUGAUGACCUCCAAUUAUUAGAAGAACCCUUAAAUUAAUCUGGUCCACCUAUUAAUUGCGGUAGCCUUACACUAAAAGUUGCUUUUAUAAAUUUAAGAGCUUAAACUAGUCAUUCUUAAGACUCAAUGAAAAUCACAUUUGCUACUAAAUCAAAUUCAAGUAAUAUGAAAUAUUGGGGAGUUAAUGCAAUUGAAGUAUAUGUUGCUAAAUGUUCAAUUAAUUGUUAGUCGUGCUUAGGACCUGGGGCAAAAUAAUGUACUGCUUGCAUUCAAGAUUGGAUCCUUUUUAAAGGAUAAUGUAUUCAUUAUGAUAAAAUUCCUCCUUUAACCUGCGGUUAUAUCAAGAUUGUUUAAAAACUAAAACAAAUUUCAAAUAAUAUCAACUAAAUAUAGUUUAAAAGCGAUUUAAUAGCUUAGGAAACCUUAAAAUUAGGUGAAAAUGAAAUAGAAUUUGAUUCUACAACGCCAGUUUUAAACUUUGAAAUUCAGGCCCGAUGCCCACAAAAUUUAAGAAUUCACAAUUCCAUUCACUCAUAUAUUAGAUGCAACAAUUAGCAAAUUUAUAUGUUUACUCGUAGUUGCUAAAAUAAUUCCACAAGUUUUAUUUUUUAAAUAAAUUUCUAUUAAAAGUUUGAACAAAUUAAAUAAUUUAUACUGAAGUUAAGUGAAACAAGCGUUGAAUUGUAUUAAUUAGUAAUUCUGGAUUAUUAAUUAACCAAAAUUUUAACCUUUAGCUUAAAUUUCACAUAGAUUUGA